CUACGACUACCUGCCGACAUGGCGGACACGAAAAACACUGACCUCAACCCGCGCACGAAGGGCUAUGAGUUCCUUGGUCCGCCGGGCACGCUCUUCAUCACUCUCUCUGUGCCAGCGACAAUCUAUGCACUCUAUUUUGGCUGCUCCGAGCACUCUGGCGGCUGUCCGCCCCAACUGGCGACCAUCUGGCCCAGCACAAAAAUAUCGUUGCAGAAUCCCGAGUUCUGGAAGUCUCUGUGGGAUAAGGAUGCGGCAGUCAUGUAUCUUAUAUGGUACAUUUAUUGUGUUGUUUGCUGGUUCGUCCUCCCAGGGGACUGGAUUGAAGGGACGACGAUGCGGGAUGGCAGGAGGAAGAAGUACAAGAUCAAUGCCUUCACUACGCUCUUGUUGACCAUGGGCAUUACUAUUGGCUGGAUCAUGCGCUUCGGACCCCAGUCCUUCACGUUCAUCUACGAACACUGGGUUGGUCUCGUCACUGCCUCCGUCUCGAUGUCCAUCUUCCAAGGGCUGUACUGUUACAUAUCAUCGUUUUUUGGCGACAAGCUCCUCGCGCUAGGCGGAAACACGGGCAAUCCGAUCUACGAUUUCUUCAUUGGUCGGGUGCUUAACCCCUCGAUUGGCUCAUUCGACAUCAAGUCAUUCAACGAACUCCGCCCCGGCCUAAUUCUCUGGGUUCUCAUUGACAUCAGCAUGGCGUGUGAACAGGCUGUCCGUCGAGGUGGCAAGGUCACAGAUUCAUUGUGGCUGGUCCUCUUUUUCCAGGCCCUCUACGUCGCAGAUGGCUUGUAUAACGAACCGGCGAUCUUCACAACCAUGGACAUCACUACUGAUGGCUUCGGCUUCAUGCUUUCCGUAGGCGACCUCGCCUGGGUGCCCUUCGUGUACUCUCUGCAGGCCCGUUACCUCGUAUAUAAGCAGAUCGAGCUGGGACCUGUUCAUACGGCGCUCAUCCUUCUCGUUAAUUUGACUGGCUACUGGAUCUUCCGUGGUGCUAACGGCGAAAAGAACGACUUCCGCAAUGGCAAGAACCCCAGGAACCUCAAGACUAUGGAUACGAAGCGUGGCACGAAGCUGCUCAUCUCUGGAUGGUGGGGCAUGUGUCGCCAUCCUAACUACUUUGGCGAUCUCUUGAUGGCUCUUGCAUGGUCUCUUCCGACCGGGUUUGAGACUCCGGUCACAUACUUCUAUGUCUCUUAUUUCCUGGUUCUGUUGAUGCACCGCCAAUAUCGGGACGACGAGAACUGCGAGAAGAAAUACGGCGAAGACUGGCAUAAAUAUAAGCAGCUGGUUUCGUACCGCAUUGUCCCCUACAUUUACUAGGAAGCAUUUUGCUUCAUUCUGACCUUGUAAUGAUCCCUUCGUAGGCACAACCGUUAAUAUAAAUUUCU